AGUCACUACUGUAGUCCCUCGGUGGCACGGCCGGAGUAUGAAGUCGGACACGGCGAAUAUAAUUAGAGCGGCCGGGCCCGGACUUGGCUCACGAGAAUACGGGGAUACGUGCAGCCUCACCUCAUCAGGCGCAAUGGUCGGCAAGUACCCCGGACCGAUCCGCAACGAUAAAUGCCCGCGGGGAUCAAUCUUCUGGGUCUUCUUUCCCCACCACAGUCUGCCACUCUCUCCAUCUGCACAAUGCCUGCCCCAUACGACCUUACUGGACGCACCGCCAUCAUCACUGGCUCCUCGAGCGGGAACGGCCGUGCGAUUGCCAUUGCCCUCGCCGAGGCUGGAGUGAAUAUCGUGGGAGUCGAUUUAAACCCCCACCAGCCAAAGGGCUUCGAGGAGGAUCAGCCUCAGACGAUUGACCUCGUCCGUGACAUCUACAAGGUCCAGUCUGCCUUUGUCCAGGGCGACGCUGCAAAGGAGGAGACAUGGGAAAAGGUGGUUGCGGCUGCGCUCCAGCUCAACGGUCGCAUCGACAUUCUCGUCAACAAUGCCGGUAUUCUUGGGAAAGUGGGACCACUCCACGAGUGCACCCUUGCACAGUGGAACCGGAUCAUGGACGUAAACCUGACCGCCGUCUUCCUUGGCGUCAAAGCCGUGAUGCCCACUAUGCUCGCACAAGAGGCGCGUCCGGGAAGCACUCGCGGCACGGUGAUCACCAUUGCCUCCAACGCAGCUCACCACGGUGCGCCUGACAAGGCGCCGUACUGCACCACCAAAGGUGCUCUCGUGUCGCUCAACAAGGCCCUUGCCGUCGACUACGGGCGUCAAGGAAUCAAGAGCAUCACAGUCUCGCCAGGAAUCAUCGCCACCGCACUUAAUGCCCAGGAACUUGCGGACCCAAGCAAGUGCGUCAACUACCGCUCGCAAACGCCCUGGCCCCGCUUCGGACGUGUCGACGAGGUCGGCUCCGCUGUACUCUUUUUCGCCUCAGACGCCUCAGACUACUGCAACGGAACCGACUUCAACAUGGAUGCUGGAUACAUUGUCGCUUGA